AUGUGGACCACAACCUCCGGCUUACGGGGCAAGAAGCUCCAUAUUGCCAUCACUUUUACAUCCGUUGUCGGAUUCUCACUUUUCGGUUAUGAUCAGGGUUUGAUGUCCGGUAUCAUCUCUGGUGACCAAUUCACCAAGGAAUUCCCUCCUCUCUAUGGUGACUCCGAGCACGUCGCCGUCCUGCGUGGUGCGGUCACUUCCUGUUACGAGCUUGGUUGUUUCUUCGGUGCCAUCUUCACUAUGAUGUACGGUCAACGUAUUGGCCGCACACCUCUUCUGGUGAGCGGUGGCCUCCUCAUGAUCCUUGGUACUGUUAUCUCUACUGCUUCGUUCGGCCCCCACUGGGGACUGGGCCAGUUCGUUGUUGGACGUGUCAUUUCCGGCCUUGGAAACGGCAUGGAUACCGCGACUAUCCCCGUCUGGCAGUCUGAGUGUUCGCGCGCUCACAACCGUGGUUUCCUCGUUUGCUUCGAGGGUGCUAUCAUCGCCGUCGGUACCUUCAUCGCUUACUGGCUUGACUUCGGUCUCUCUUAUGUCAACUCUUCGGUUCAAUGGCGGUUCCCCGUCGCCUUCCAGAUUCUGUUCGCCAUCCUUGUCACUGCCGGUGCUCUCAUGCUCCCCGAGUCGCCUCGUUGGUUCGUCAUGCAGGGUCAUGACCAGGAAGCCCUUCAGGUCCUCGCCCAGCUCAACGAUAGUUCUGUCGAUGCAGAUGAUGUGCUUGCCGAUUUCAACCUUAUGAAGGCUGAUCUUAAGGCUAUGGAGAGUGUUGAAGCUGGUAGUACCUGGGGUAUCCUCUUUACUGGCGGUAAGACUCAGAACUUCCAGCGUAUGAUGAUCGGUUGCUCUGGCCAGUUCUUCCAGCAAUUUACUGGUUGUAACGCCGCUAUCUACUACUCGACCCUACUGUUCCAGCAGAACUUGCAUAUGGAGGGUAAGCUUCCAUUGGUUCUGGGAGGUGUCUUCGCCACUGUGUACGCCCUUGCCACCAUCCCCUCCUUCUUUAUGAUUGAGAAGGUUGGUCGCCGUAACCUCUUCUUGAUUGGUUUCCUCGGCCAGGGUCUCAGUUUCAUCAUCACUAUGGGUUGUCUUAUCGAUUCGAACGCCCAAAAUGCCAAGGGUGCUAUCGUCGGUAUCUUCCUGUUCAUCUGCUUCUUUGCGUUUACUACUCUACCUCUGCCCUGGAUCUACCCCCCGGAGAUCAACCCCCUCCGCACCCGUACCAAGGCUGCCUCCGCUUCCACCUGCGUGAACUGGAUCACCAACUUCGCCGUCGUUAUGUUCACUCCUGUGUUCUCCAACCAGUCUGACUGGGGUAUCUACCUCUUCUUCGCGCUUGUCAACUUCAUCGCUAUCCCCUUCGCCUGGUUCUUCUACUGUGAAACCGCCGGCCGUGAUCUCGAGGAGGUUGAUAUCAUCUUCGCCAAGGCCCACGUCGAAGGCAAGUGGCCCUACCAGGUCGCUCAGGAGAUGCCCAAGCUCUCCAUUGCCGAGAUUACCCGGAUGCAGAAUGAUCUGGGUCUCGACACCUCCGAGCACCAGGUCACCUCCGCAAUCGAGAAGGCUGAGAAUGCCAUGAGCAGCAGCAGUGAGACCAAGCAGGACGAGUAA